AUGAAUGAUAUCAUCAAAGUGGCGACUCUACGCGAUUGUAACGACAAUACAGAUUUAGAUGCAAUCAAAUUAGAUCCCACAUGGAGACACAGUAUGUUUGGUUGCAAGUGUGUGGAAGUACUACGCGAUAUGUUCAAGUUCAAACUUGGUUUUCUACUUCGGCGCCCUUACGAGUCAGAGCUGGUAAUGAGUGACUUCUACUGGCAACCAUUCACGCCCCCCUUGUGGUUCUCCCUAUUUUCAAUGUGUAUUGUGGCUACACUAGUGUUUUAUUUAUUGGUAUGUUGGGAGAAUCGAAUAUUUGGGAGACAUAUCGAAUGCAGCUUUUUUCUAGAAAUAUUAUUGGCAAUCGGAGGAUAUUGUCAACAUUCAUUCCCUGUAGAAUCAGUAUUCACAUCACGUCGUAUAGGAUACUUUACGUUUUUCUUGUUUUCCUAUGUCAUCUUCUCAUUUUAUACUUCGAACCUGCUCUCUCGGCUAGUAAUAGACGAGGAUUACGAUAUGGAUCUAGGGACUUUGGGUAAAAGUGACUAUAAGUGUGUCAUAUUAGAAAAUAUUAUACAUGGAAAUGGAAACAUAACAGAUUGCGAGACAGCCAUUUCUCUAGAUUUCGUGAAAUUAGUAACCGUGAAUAUAUCCACUGGAUUAGAAGCAGUGAGAUCUAAUAAGACAGCUUUGUUAUCUGACUUUACCACUUUGUACAGCGAAAUUCAUAAAAGUUUCUCCAACACAGAAAUAUGCGAACUCAUAGAAAUAGAUAUUUUAUCGGAUCUAAAGAAAUAUAUUGUGUCUUCAAAGAAUUUCAGGCACAAAGAGCUUUUCAAAAUUGGUAUAUCGCGACUUCAUGAAUUGGGAUUAAUACAUCGCUUUACAUUCCACAAAACACUUCAGUACACGUUAUCAAGUUGUUUUGGUGCGCCCCCUAUCAGCCUCGAUUUUACACAUGUAUCCACACCAUACUUAAUUUUAGGUUUCUCUUAUGUUUUAUCUAUUGUAAUCAUGUUAGGAGAAAGAUGGCAUUACAAUCGAAACAGACUGUGGCCAUAUGUAAAUUAAACUUUAGUUGUAUAUCUAAUGAGUUGAAUUUAAAAUUAUUAAAAUACUAAUAUAUUGUUAAAGUACUGUUAUUUGAAAUAUAUAUUAGUGUUGUUUUAUAAGUAUGGUAUACCGUGUUUAUUUUCCAUAAAUAUAUGACUACCAAUAUUAUUAUCUAUGUUAAAACAAAGUAUACAUAUUCGACUAUUUAUGCAUUAAUGAGUAUCAAACACCCAAAUAUAUUAGAAAACAUUUUUAUUGAGUAAUUUAAUAUUCAAAAUCAUUAUUAACCAAAAAAGAUACGAAAUAUCUUUCCAAAGUUCCACAUCAUACCUUAAACUAUAUAUACCACGUCAGUCGUUACGAGUUUUGCCAGUAGUUACCACGUUUGGCAGUCCAGUUGGCAACCGCAGUUAGGCCUUUAGGAGAUGUUUUAAGAGAGACGCUGCUGCCCAUCCAUCGACCAAUAACAUUGGUCCCUGCGUACUCACAAAAUGGUAAUGUCACGCGAAACGCGAAACACUGCUGAGACAACCUACCAAACUCGCCAGGUGAGAUCUUAGCAAUUAAAACAUUAAUAUAUUAUAUCAUUCAUCAUCAUCAUCAUAUCAAUCAUUAAUUGUCCAUUGUUAAACAUAGACUUCCCCCAUAAACUGCUAUAAGAAACAGUCUCGAGCCACCUGCAUCCACUGACUUCCUGCAAUGUAUUUGAGGUCGUUGCUCCAUCUAGUGGGAGUCGCCAGAACUUGUCUUUCCCAUCAGUAGUCGAUUCUUCGAGCUAUAUCGAACUAUAUGACCAGCUUAUUGCCACUUCAGUUUAUUUAUCCUUCGGCCUAUGUCGGUCACUUUGGUUCUUCUGCGAAAAUUCUCAUUUCAGUUUCUAUCAAGCAAAGAAACUCCGAGCACAGGCUUCUUCGCUGAGCAACUUGAAGCUUCUGCAUACGGUCAAACGAGUAGGACCAUGUUUUCGUUCUGUAGGCCAUCACUGGCAACACUUACUAUUUAAAGACCUUCGUCUUCAAAUUAUAAAGUAUUUUGGAAACUAAUAUAAUAUUUACCAAAUGAAGUCAGACUGUAUAUAUUUCAUCUGCUUACAUGGCUUACAAUAACAAUUGUUAUUGUUGUUGCUAGCUACGCUUACAUUAAUUCUGUAUUUCUAAGGUAAAGAAUAAGAUAUAUAUAAGGUAGAGAACAUAAUGUUUCAGACUUUAGAAAUAAUAAUUCAUGAUUGACAUAACGCGACAUGGACGUGGUAGUAUUUCAUCUAGUAUAAUAUUAUAAUCUAUGUUAUAGGUGAUGGUUAUCACUUUCCAUUAGGUGAACCGUUAGCUUUUUUGCUACUCCAAGUUUUAUAAAAAAUAAUUAUAUUUACAUCCAAGGGUCUAAUCUGAAAGAAAUAUAUUUCCAAUAUUUCAAUGUACAAUUUGAAUUUGCUCGAAAACAUCUUUCUUCUGAUACAAAGUAAAAUAUCUAUUAAUAUUCUUGGAGUUCUGGAAUCCACUUAUAUAAAUUCCACGAUAUUGAAUUUAUUGAGGCAUUUAAACACGAAGAGUUUGAAAUAUAGAGUAAAACUCAAUAUAAGUUGCAGAAUGUUAAUACGUUUUGGGGGGGGGGGGGGAGUAUUGUUAGUAUUGCGGACUACUAGCCCUAUUGCCAGCUGUCAGAUUGACCUCCACGUGGUCCUCCCUGGAAAACAUCAUGCUAAAUUCUUGAUUGCAGAACUGACUUGCCUUUUCAUUGUCACCUAUCAUCCACCACUAAUACUCCGCCAGCGUAUACCGUUAGCAAUGCUUUGACAGGCCUAAAAAUCCUAAAAUCAAAUUUCAGUCUGAACAUCAGAAUUUUUCAUUUGCUUUAUGUUUCAAAGUAAAUGUAAAUCCGUUAUUCGAUAAAUUAUAUUAAGCAAGGCAGCCUAGAAACUUUCUCUUGUUUA